UGACGCAUUACCUUCUAUAUAAUUAUUACCAAACUGCAUACAUUCAAUUCAAAGCAAAUUGAGAGAUAUAUUACUUUGAUCUUCAUCCUUCGUCUGUUUAGGCUUCAACUCAACUAAUUCUGCACAAAUGAACUCUCACUCUAUGGCUUUCCUUUUCUUCGCUCUUCUUCUUGUCACAGUUGAAUGCAAUUCAGAAGGGGAUGCUCUGAAUGCUUGGAAGAUUAAUUUGGCAGAUCCAAACAAUGUCCUCCAGAGUUGGGACCCAACACUGGUUAAUCCAUGUACCUGGUUUCACAUUACUUGCAACAAUAUGAACAGCGUGAUUAGAGUGGACCUUGGCAAUGCUAAUCUCUCUGGAAAUCUUGUACCUCAGCUGGGAAAUUUGACCAAUCUUCAAUACUUGGAAGCAUUUGGUAAUAACCUCAGUGGAUCCAUCCCAAGAGAGAUAGGGUAUCUAAACCACUUGAUCAGCCUGGACCUCUACAACAAUCAACUCUCCGGAGUCAUCCCACGAACUUUUGGCAACUUGAAAUCCUUGAUUUUUAUGAGAUUGAACAGUAAUAAGCUAAAGGGCACAAUACCAGAUAAGGUCAUUAAACUCAUACAGUUUGGAAAUUUAAGCAUUAUGAAUGUAUCGGACAAUCUGUUGGCUGGCAGCGUCCACCGUCACGGAUUUGCAACCACUACAAUAAUACAAGACGCAAAAGCUUAGAAGUUGUUGAAACCAUAAAUAAGAUAACCAGGCUACAUAUUUGCAUGAACAAGUGUGAUACACUACAAAGUUGUGUUUGGUUGAUUUCUACUGCUUCAGACGUGAGCUAUAGCAGAUGCACAGGAAGCACAUUCCUUGGGACAAUAAUUGUACCGCGAUUUGGGUUAUGAAUUUAGAAUUGUAUCUAUAUAUAAUCAAUAAGUAUGCAUAAGUGGACACAAAAAAUAAAUAGAUGGGUGGGAUUUUGAGAAGUGGUUUCUACCAAAAAAUCUUGUAACCAGUCGUGUGUUUCUCGUGUUAAGUUCUAUAUUUAACUUACGUGUUCCUAACAAUGUUAAUUUAUGAUUAUUUUCUUCGAGUUUGUUUCUUA